AAAUUGGUGUUUAAUAGCAUUUCAUAGCGACGCUUGACUAUUUUGGUAUUAUUCCUUCCCCAUACUAUUCGACAUGAAAAACUGACAUGAAUGGUGCAUUCAAUUUGGUUUAUAUUCAGUGUAUACUAGGCCUAGAAAGUUCAACUGACAACAGCGAAAACAAAUGUCUGUGUGGGUGUUUUCGCAAGUGCAUCCAGGGACAGCCUCAAAAGGUAUUGUGUGAGUCGAAUGUGCAAUGGUUUUACCCUGUGCUUGGCAUCAACUAUUAGGCCUAUACAUGUAUGUUUAAGGAAGCAAUCGAGGGGAAAAAAGUGCUUGAAAGUUCCGUUUUAUGUUCAGUGUUAUGUUCCGAGUCGCAAUGCAAUUCAUCACCUUCAGUUAAUAAAUCGGGUAACUUUGAAUAACAAAUAACCAAACUCUUAGGAACAGGUUUAUUUACGGACGAGCAAUUUUGGGGACUGGUUGGCACUGAGGUUUUGUGUGUGAACUGUAUGUUCACAGGAAGCAGGAAAUAUAAAAACCUGCGCUGGCCAAAUUUUCAGUUUACUUGUGAGAAACCCGCAAGAGACAACAAAAACACAUCACUAUGGCUCGGACUCUACUUCUUUCGCUUGCAGUCUUUCUCGGAUUUCAAGUGGUCGCCGGGAUAGUCAGCGAGUGGAUUGCCAAAGAUGAGAUGGAUAAAGUCUGCAUGAAAAUCAAGUUCGAUGGAAUGAUCAACGUUCGUGACAAUCCCGAAUACAAUACUGACUUUGGAAGUGCCGUAGUGAUCGAUCCUAAGCCAAACUGCAUGGAGGACGAACGAACCAUUACAAUUGGUGUCGGCAAUUCAAGUCUUCAACUGACUUUUCGAAAACAGUCCCAAAGCUUCGUCUUCACAAACAUCACCGCGAAGUGGCUGAAACCAGGCUCCGGACUCGAAAACGUGACGGGAUCAUUGUCCGAUAAGAAUUUCUUAUCGGGUGCCGUGCCGCUGGGAUGUUUCUACUCUCAGGAUGAGCCGCUUUCCAUCCCGUUUCAGGGCGGCUUCUCUGCUGAACUAAAGAACGUGACAUUCCAGCCCUUCGCAGAUUGCGCCAAGAACGACUACGGGAACGACUACUCGAGUCGUGAUUGCCCAACUGACUGCAGCAGAGCAGCGCGUCCCGGAAGUGACAUCAUAUACGUUCUUCUUGUCGCUGUUGUGGGCGCCAUUUCAGUGAAGUUCAUGAAUUAACUUUUUAAUUAGUCUUCCAGAAAAAGGCAGAACAGUUCACUCAUCCCAGUCGCUUUAUGAUAGGGCGCUAACAACCUCUCGUCCAUUUCUGAGCGAACAGACGUUUACUUCAAAAAAAUUUAGAAAUGAAGACAAUGCAGCGGUCCUGAGUGCCUUGGUGAGGAGCGACCAAGAACUGGUUUUGUGUGGCAUUUCAUGUUUCACUUUUGCUUUGCCGUGAUAAUAUUGCUUGCAAUGAAAUACAAAUUAUGAUGUUAAUGUAAUACCUUGUAGUCUUUCCUGUAUAUGUCUUGAACAAGUGUGUUGAAUGUGCACAUUGUUGUCACCGUAGUUUGUGAAAAUAUUUUAUUCCUAGUGAUCAGUCCUUCAAAUUCAGUAUAACAUUGUAUUCAGAUUCGCAUCUACAAAUAUUGAAUUUUGCCUAAAGUGAUGCAUUCGUAAAUGACAGUUUUUAUGUUUAACCAUAAACAUCUUUUUAAUGAUCUCGUGAGUUGUUGGGAUAAAAUGUUUUGAAUUGUAUUGAUUGCUUCUUUUUUUUUUUUUAGUAGGCCUAAAUCCAGCAUUUUGGGCGCGCUCACCAUAAGGACAAAUUAAAACAUCGUCCCAAUUGUUGAUGUGAUGACAUGUGCCUCGCCAGGAUGGGGCAAGC